UUAAAAACUAAAAAAAAAAAACAAAAAAAAUCGCAAAAACUUCAAAUUGAAAUCAAAUCUACCACCCCCUCCACCCUCAUAACGCAAUGCGCUACCAACCCCAACGAAAUGGAAAACUUUGCGUGGAACUGCAACCCCUGUGGGAUUUUUAUCACCAACCGGAAGAUUCAAAACGAACAUGGAAACGUCCCGUAUUUCAAUCCCCCCACCUUAUCAAUCAUUGGCGUGACAUUGAUGGCGCCCAAUUGACAAAAAUUACCCAUCGAGAUUUGACAUUUCCAAAUUGGCCGCAAUCACGUAUUCGCCCCUCAGCCUGUCUGCCAUUGUAUUAUUGUACCGGUUAUCGGUUUAUACGUUUAACGAAAGACUUUCCGGCAGGUUUCAAGUGUCCACCGGUUCCACUUAGCUUUGCCGAAGCCACGGCCCAACGUGUCCAUCUUCGACGCAUGGAGCGGGAGGCGGAACGUUUGGCCAAACAGAGAGCAAAAGAAGAGAACCGCCUGAAGGCGGAAAAUAAAAAGAAGAAAGGAAAUAGGAAGUAAAAUAAUAGGAAAAUA